CUGAAUGCCCAGCUGGAGCAGAAAGUGGACUUCAUGAACACUUUAUCUCGAUUAUUUAAAAUAUCUAAUAAAAAGCGUGUUAAUAAAUGCAAUAAAUGUGAGUUGUAAGUUGUGGCGCUUGUAAUAAACGCAAUUCCUCUCCGAGUCUCACGGUGGCGCCUUUUGUUUUUCCCGACUCCGCCGCAGCGGAAAUGACGACUACACAUUUGUUCCAGCGACGGCUAGUGGGGACAUUUUAAAUUAGCAAACUGCGCUAAAGCGGUCGGAAAGUCGAGAACACAUAGCGGUUAUUCCAUAAAAUUUCAAUUAACUCCAUAUUUUCCUCAUGAGUAUGGUGUUGCGAGCCUGAGAAGUUCCAGAGAACACACACAUGAGGACAGAUUUGAACCAGGUCAGCAGCCCCUGUUUGUCACCUAUCAACUGCCACUUCAGAGACUCCGCCCCUGGCCCCGCCCUCCAGAGAUGACUGAUGCCCAGAAGGCCAACGAGCUCCCUGAAUGCCCUACAGAGGGCGGGGCCACAGCAGAAGAGCAGGACAUGCCCCUGAGACAAGAGACCACGCCCACCAGCUCUCCGGCGUGCGAGGAGCCAAUCAGCUCGCAGAGUCCUGACAAACAGCCGGCGCCUGGUCUGCUCUCCAUGCCGUGCUUACUAAAGGAGCUUCAUAGAGACUCUGCCCCCGGGCAGCCGCAGGAAAUGGACCCACCCCCGGCCGCCGCCCAGUCCUGCGUGCAGGAAGACAGCGAUUCUUCCGCCUGCCUGCGGUCGCCUUCCUCCUCCGGUCACCUGGGAGACUCCGACACACUUUCGUCAGCGGAGGAAGCUCCCGCGCCCGUCCAGACGGCCGGCAGGAAGUCGCGACGUUCGCAUUCUGAGAGCGAUGCGUCCACGGUUGCCAUGGCGGCCAAGAAGAACCGCUGCCAGGAGAAGCAGGUGAACGGGCGCAUGCGCGUCAGAGGCCUGCGCAGCCAGCAGCAGAAGCAGCGCAUGCGACAGCUGCGGCAGAAACGCGAGGCGGCGGCGAGACGCAAACCCGACGUGCUCCAGGACAGCAGCACUAGCGACAGCGACAUCACAGCCCACUCAUCCUCAUCCUCGCCGCUAACGGCCUCAUCUGACAAUGAGGGAGAGACAAUCAACUCUCACGCACCAGUGGGUCCUGCAGUGAUUGGACACUAUGAUAUUUCAGACACUCACUCCGAACAGGAACAGCAGUCUCAGUCGCUCUCAGGUGCAGUAGAAGUCCAGCCAUCUCAGGUGAGUCUGGCAUCCACCGACAGUGAAGUGGAGAUCGUUGGAGUUCAAGAGAAAGCCAGCUUGGUGUCAAGGUUUCCUCACGGCGGAGUGAUCCAGUCGCUUUCUUCCUGGAAGCAGAGAGCUCCGGCUCAGUGGACGUCUGUCUCGGCGCAGUCCGGCUGGGUUCCUCCUCCUGAGGUGGUGGAUCUGACACUGGAUGAAGACCGGCACAGAUGCCUGCUGUGAUCAAACACACUCACACAUACACGCUCAUAUACAUGUGACUGGUGGGCCGAGUGACUCAAACCAUAACCACGAGACUGUUGAAACUAAGAACACAGAACGAUGCUUUCAUUAAAUGAAAAACACUUCUGAUACCCUUUGAUAUGCCUGAUUAAUUAUUUGCUACUGUGAGACCACAAUGUGAGUAAAUGACAGCAGAUUUUAUCAGAGCAAAUACUGUACCAAGUUCUCCCGUGAUAAAGUCAGGUAUCAAAACUACUGGUCUGAAAUACUCACACUCUUAAAAACAAAAAUGGGGCUUCUUUAGAGAAAUGAAUACUGAAUGUAAACGGUUGAAUCUCACAAAAACUGGUCAUAUUUCACUCCAGAAUGAAGAAUAUAGAAUUUAUAUUUAGCCGAAAACAAGCAAGACCAUUUUUAGUGCAAUUAAGAUCUUUGAA